ACAUCUGACAACAGUCGUGCCUUGAUACUGUCCGAGUGGAAGGCGCGCCAUUUUCGGUGCAUUUAGUUUACGAACGAAACUUGUGGACUGCGUUUAAAAAUGAAGGUGUUUGGUUGGCUUUUAUGUUUAUCUGUGUGCGUGUAUUCAGGGUGGGGACAAAACGGUGAAACAUGCCAAACUGUGGAGAAUGAACAAGGAAGCUGUAUCAACCUGAAGCAGUGUGCGCCGUACCUCAAGCUGGUCGCCAAGCAAAAGUCUAACCCUGACAGGGUGCAGUUGGUGCGACGCGCUCAUUGUGGUUUCGAAGACAAUGAUCUUAAGGUCUGCUGUCCGCGACCAGACGUCCCGACUGCUGCACCACAAACAACCACUACAACUACCACAACUCCUACCAUUACUACUACUAUCACGCCAAACCCACCAACAGAGCCAGCGGGCGAGAGCAUCGGCCCUGAAGACUUCGUGGCGGAGUUUCCUGAUCCACCGGUGUGUGGACUCAGUAACGCAUCAUUCAAGAGAGUUAUUAAUGGCGAUAAUGCUAAACUUGGUGACUUCCCCUGGAUGGCCGCGUUGGGGAUCGAUAUGAACCCGACGCAGUGGCUGUGCGGCGGCUCGCUGAUCUCCUCGAAGCACGUGUUGACAGUUGCACACUGCGUCCAACGCAGGUUAAAGUCAAUGUACAUAGUACGUUUAGGAGAGCUGGACUUCGUGCGAGAUGACGACGGUGCAACUCCAAUCGAUUUCUCCAUCAAGCAUAUAAUAAGGCACGAGCAAUACGACUACAUAAUUAAAGACAAUGACAUCGCCAUCCUCGUUUUAGAGAAAGAAGUUGAAUUCUCAGAUUUAAUUCGGCCGAUCUGUUUGCCGAAGACUUCUGAAUUGAGGUCAAUGACAUUCGAGGACUACAACCCGUUGGUUGCCGGUUGGGGUGCUCUUCAAGUGGUUGGCCCCUCAGCAACUCAUCUCCAAGUGGUGCAGUUGCCAGUGGUGAGCAACGACUACUGCAGGCAGGCGUAUCAAGACUCGGUGCAUAAGAUCGACGAGAGAGUCAUCUGCGCCGGCUACAAGGAUGGCGGCAAGGACUCCUGCAGGGGAGAUAGUGGUGGACCCCUCAUGCAGCCUAUUACGAACAACCAGAGCUACAAAACGUAUUACUUCCAAAUUGGAAUUGUCUCCAUCGGCCAUAGCUGUGCGAAGCCUGGAUUCCCAGGAGUGUAUUCCAGGGUCACGCACUUCAUGCCCUGGCUGCAGGAGAAAGUGCUCGGGCACGCUGACAACCUAUAAAAUAAUACCUACUUCUGUAUCAUAAGAACAAACUAAGCAACUUAGGGGCCGUUCAAAAAUACGUAACGCAAUUUUUUAAGAUUAUUGACCCCACCCCACUAUGUAACGCGCUGUAACAUUUUCCUGUACGCCCCCCCUCCAAAGGUUAUGUAACUCUAAAGUUACAUUUUUAUUCUAAUUUUCACAAUUAUUUUACGCAAAAUACCGGAAAGUCGCUUAAAUAACGUUGUUUUCGUUUUAAAGUAAAAAAAAAACAAUGUUACAUAACGCUUUGCACGAGAAGCCCCCUCCCACCCUGAACCGCAUUAUACCGUUUUACAAGAAAUACCCCCAAAUUGCUUUACAUGUAACACUUGAACGGUCCCUUACAAGACACUGAAAAAUAAUCACUUGUGUUACACAUACUAAAAAAGGUGUUACCAACAUAGGAGCUUAAAUAUACUAUCGUAAAUAUUAUUUUUAUUCAACAGGACGAAAUAAUAAAGACUAUACCUUAUUGUUACUAAAUGAAUAUAUAUUUUCUAUAACGGUAA